GAAUAGUGUUAGAAUCGGCGAGAGACGGACCUCCCCUGCCGAUUGAGAUCUCUUUUGGAAAGUUUCCUCUGCACGGUCGCCAAUAGCCACAUGCACGACAAGCGUAGCGUGAGCUUGAUGGUUGGGAUAGACGCUAACUUUGAUGAAGGGUCCUAAUGGGUAUGAACGUUGUCUAUCAUCGUGGGAAUGGGAGACAGAGGAUUGAACAGGGUAUAUAAGACUGGGCGGACAGCACAGUGUUUCCGGCAUCAUCAAUAUACUCACCCAGUCAAUCUUUUAGACAACGCAACAGUCACUCUUUCAUCCCACUUACUACACUCUUUAAUUUUCUAAUCUAAUACCCAACAAUCAAGAUGCGUUUCAACUUCGGUCUCGUCGCCCUCUCCGCCCUUUUCGUGGCUUCUUCUGCCGCUCCUACUGCAGCGGUCACCGACCUUUCUGCCGUCCAGGACGUCACCGACCUCUCCGUCGUCAAGGACGUCACCACCAAGCUUCCCGCCGUUGAGGGCGAGCUCAACCGUCGCACAGACAAUGUUGUCUACGAGAAGCUCCAGUACACCCUCGUCGAGGUGAAGAAGCACACCGCCGUCAUCAACUCCACUGUCUCCAGCGUUCACGGCGUUGUCAGCACCGUCGAGAAGACCAAGAUCAUCGCCUCUGUCAAGUCCGAGGUCGUCAUCAUUGUCCAGCUGCUCAGCACCGUCGUUGGCGAAAUCACCGUCCUCCUCACCGAUAUCACCAGCAUCACCGGCGACCUCAAGGACAACAUCAUCAGCGUCGUCGUUGAGCUCCUUGUCGAGAUCCUCCUCACCCUCAACAAUGUCAUCACCGCCUUGAAGAUCACCAUCUUCGAGCUCCUCGGCCCUAUCAUCUUUGCUUUGCUCGCCGUCAUUGUCAACCUCCUCGCUGUUCUUAACGUCAUCAUCGUCGACCUCCUCAAGAUCGUCUUCGGCCUCCUCGGUGGUGUUGCCGGUAUCCUUGUCCACGUCCUCGCUGGCCUCGGUGCCAUUAUCGGUGGUCUCCUCGGUGUUGUUGGUGGUGUCCUCGGCCUCGUCGGCGACAUCGUUGGCUGCAUCUUGUAAAUGUAAAUAUCCUACGACGACCUCACCGAUACGAGUCUAGGGACGGAUGCUGCUUGUGAAAAUAUAGAAAGCCUCAGCAUCCUGUGUCUGCGGGUGGAAGGGACUCCAACCAGGUGGUUUGGGAAGGUGCUAAGAGCUAGCUUCUUCCCGGUUAUAUAAUGCUUGUGUUUACAAUUACGUCUACCAAACUUUGUUUGCCAAC